AUGUUCCCCACACUUCCCUUCAUGUCCUCUUCUGGACAGGUUGUCGCAGCAGCCUUGGGUGCAGCGCAGCAUCGCCGAGAACGGAUUGAGAUGCUUUCUCAAAAAACCCCGGGGUCGAAUCGCAGUAGUGCCACCAAACGAAAGACAAACCCCAGACACGACGCACAUGGUGAAGGAAGUGUCACAACUACUGCUCCCAGUUCUACACCUUCAGAGAAAGUUACACCUGAUCCCAAGCAUGUUCGUACCGAUGUACCAGAGCCCAAAGUUUUGUUUGGUUCGCCUGAUGACCACUGUGCUGAUGGGUGUGACAAAACAGGAGGUGCUGAACUUCGACGGGGUUUGAGCAGUUUGUCAACAGUACCUGCUACCGAAGAGGAGCUACAUGCUGCUCAGGUGCAGCAUGCUUUGAGCAUUCUAGCUGCCAACCCAAUCCUGUCAGCGAACCCAGAAUGCUUGGGUGACUUUGUGAAGGCUUUAGUGCAACCUGAUAUGCAACAAGUGCCUACACCGAUGCAGGUGGAAACCGGAAACCUGACAGGCAAGACUCCUGAAAACCUGACCCAGCCAGCAGGGAGUGAAGACAGUGAGACGGCCCUGGCAGCUCGGAAGGCAUUCUGGUCAAAGUUCAAGCGACCAGCUGAGAGUGGGGGGGACGAGGGACGUGGUACUGUUCUGUUGACGCAACCUACGUUGAUCCUUGGGGACGAGUCAAGCCAAGACCAGCAUGGUGAUGAAACGACAUCACCUCCAGCAGAUUCUGCAGCCGUUCAUGACCCUGUUGUGGCAACAGCAGCAGUUGAGCCAAAGAUGACCCCCCAGGUUCCAGCAGUUGAGCCACAGAUGACCCCCCAGGUUCCAGCAGUUGAGCCACAGAUGACCCCCCAGGUUCCAGCAGUUGAGCCACAGGUGACACCCCAGGUUCCAGCAGUUGAGCCAAAGGUGACACCCCAGGUUUUAGCAGUUGAGCCAAAGGUGACACCUGAGGUUCCGGCAGUGGUUGAAGCAGUGGAGGUACCCAAUGAUGAUCAACCAAAGGAAAACCCGACUCGAAUUAGGUUUUCAAAGAUGGAUGAACUUGGGCUCGUGAUGAAACUUGACGAGGCGAAGAUGAACCCCCAGUUUGAAACCUUUCUCAAUGAGAUGAAGCUUACACCUGAAUUCUUUGGAGCUGACAUGAUCGAAGAUCUGAUCAGCUUCCAUGAGUGGCUUGGUGAUCCCGAGAGAGCUGCUGCUUCUGCACCGGUUCCUGAACCUGCAACCCCUCUACCUACCACUGAACCAGCAGCCCCUGCCCAUGCCCCAUCUAGCAGUGAACCGCCAACAACUGCCUUGGAGAAAGCACAACCUGAUGUUCCUGCAACCCCACCACCUCCCAGGCAAACAGGUGACAGUAGUGUUGCUGCGGCGCUGAAACGUUUGCAAACUGUGGACCUGAAGGAUGGCUGCCGCCCUCCGCAGACCCUUGCACAACUUGGGAAUCCUGUGGUCCCUGACCUUACAGUGGUGAUUAUGAAGUUGAAUGGGGUUGAACAACCUGUCUCCUUGCCUUUGACCCCUCAGCAAUGUAUUGCUGCUGGUCUCCAGUUGGCCAACCCCCCCCAUGGCGAUGAUCAGACAGCUGAUGGUGUCGAUGGUUCUACGGCUGAUGAUGACGUGGAUGGAACUCCAGUCGAAGAUGAUCGUCAUGACAAGGAGACUCUAGAAUUGGAUGAAAUGAUCAUGAUGAUCCGAUGA